GCAUUUUUCAACCUUUUAUCUCAAAAUUGUAAUUUCGGUCUUAAAUUAUUCGUACUUCAUUGAUAUUAUCCUUCUUGGGGUCAACAAAAUUCGGGCUUACCUUAUUUUCGAAAUCUUUCGUGCUUAAUUUGACACCCUAUAUUUUCUGGGAGUGUAACCUUGUCCAAGAGAUUAUAAAAAAAAACGAUGAUAACUAAAAGUUAGCAAAAUCAAACAGUUGCCAUUCCCAAUUUUUUAAACAUAGGAGCCAUCUAUAUUUGUUGUCAGACUCAAACCUAAAAAAUCACACUCACUUAUAUUUUUUGACCGAGUAACAUAUGUACGUAUACCGAACCAAAAAAGUAAAGAAAUCAUAAAACAAAAUGAGUGAUGAACAAUUUUCGCAUUUACAGCUUCGGGUGACCGUGGAAAAUAAUGAAAACGCUUGUGAUAUGGCUGUAGAUCGACCAAUGUCACCACCACCAGACGAAAUUGUCGAGGCUAGGGAAAUGAUUGAAGAGCUGCCUUUAUUAUCCGAAUCAGAAGCUACAAUUCCCGUGUCACGCAGAAGCGCCAGGAAAGAAAGAACUCGUAAGGUCCUUCAAGAUAGAUCAAGCGAGCCGAAGGUAAAUAAGAAAAAAACCAAAACAGGAAAGGUGCAGAAACCAAGAAAGUGUCGAUCCGGUAAACACGUGAUUACCUGUCGCAAGUGCGGAAGUUCUGUGAUCUGUUUCCCGGUUCGCACCAAAUACUAUACUUGCGCCGAGGUCGAUGGCCAACUUUUUAAAGUCAAACAGAUUAGUGCCAAAGUGGCACUGAAUUAUGUCCUCAAGAAAUAGGAUAGUUCUCGACAAUUUUAACCUUCAUUGAUGUUACAAGAACAAAAUUUUACAUAAAUAGAUCUGUGCAAAAAAAAAAGUUUAAUG